GCAUGUGCCUUAAUAAUGAGGCUACAGCAGUACAGUUCUUUCCCGAAGGCUGCGGUGCACCGCUCCUCCCACAGACCGUCCAGACACCGGCGGGAAUCGGGAACCGUCCCAGAGCCCGUUGCCUGCCUCGGCGCCGGCAGCUCUGCGGAGAAGGCCCCGCACCUGUGUGAGGCGGGGCGGCCGCCGCCUCCCAGCCGCCGGGGCCAGGUGCCCGUCAGGGGCCGCUACCGCCCGCGGGCGCCGGGCCCGCCCUCACCUGCCCCGGGCACAUCCCGCCGGCGGGGAGGGGGACGUGGCGCUCUCACCUGCCCGCGGCCGCGGAUCCGCGGGGCGGAGCAGCCGCGCUCGGCGAGGAGACAUGGCGGAGGCCGCGGGCCGGAGCGGCGGGUGCCGGCACCCCGCAGAAGCAACAGCAACAUGCCUGGUUCAACUACUGCCCUUCGACAAGAGAGACUGAGGAAAAGUGCCAGGCCAAAUCCGCUGGGUUUAUUUACCAUCAAUGAAGAGGAUGAGCAGCAAAAGAACGGGAAUUCCAAAAGACUGAAAGCAGCUGAAGGUUCUAAAAUACAAGACAAGAAAGCCACUUCAGGACAAAGCAGCACUGGAACUAAACCAGAUCAUCCAACAAUACUAAAGGUUGAUGAUAGGCAACGGCUUGCUAGAGAACGGAGAGAAGAACGAGAAAAACAGCUAGCUGCAAGAGAAUCAGUCUGGUUAGAAAGAGAAGAGAGAGCCCGGCAACAUUACGAAAAACACCUAGAGGAACGCAGAAAGAAGCUAGAAGAGCAGAGAUUAAAGGAAGAGAGAAGGCGAGCUGCUGUAGAGGAAAAGCGAAGGCAGAGAAUAGAAGAAGAUAAGGAACGACAUGAAGCUGUUGUACGUCGCACAAUUGAAAGAAGCCAGAAGCCAAAACAAAAGCAAAACAGGUGGUCCUGGGGAGGAGCACUACAUAACCGCAUUAAUAACACAGGUUAUUUUUUUGAAUCAUCAUUCACCUUUCUCGAUUUAGCAGGCCUGGAGCACCACUUCAGAUCUCUGGGUGGUGCUAGAAAACCUGAUCCAGACAGGCGGUCUGUUUCAACAAUGAACCUUUCGAAACAUGUUGAUCCAGUCAUUAACAAGCGGCUCUCCUCCUCAUCUGCAACAUUACUAAAUUCUCCAGACAGAGCUCGCCGUCUGCAGCUCAGUCCAUGGGAGAGCAGCAUCGUUAGCAGGCUCCUGACGCCCACUCACUCAUUCCUGGCCCGAAGUAAAAGCACAGCUGCGUUGUCUGGAGAUGCAGUUAUCCCCAUUUGUCCCCGUUCAGCAUCUUGCAGCCCCAUCAGUCCUCUGUCCUACAAGACCAUGAACUGUAGGAAUCCAGGAGACCGAGCAAAACUUUAUGCGUCUACUGAUGCUGUUGGACGUAGGAAAACAACGCAUCUUGCUGGGACGGACAAAAAAGAAAAGGAAAGAGACCAUUUGUCAUCCAGCUUCUCAGCCAGCUUUAAAGGAGGUCAUUUUUCUUCCAACCCCAAAGCUAGAUCACCAGCUCCCUCUCCAGUUUGGCAUGCAUCAAAGUCUUUGCCUUUUUUGCCUGGCACACCCAAGCAGAUAACUUCCCCACCUGGUUCCUCCAAAGUUUCCUCUGCUCAGGCACGUCCUCCUUCUCCUGGCAACAUACGGCCAGUCAAAAAAGAGAUCAAACCAGAGACUGAGAAGAAAAGACCAGAAAAGGAGCCCGAAAAGGCCAGUGAGGAGGGGGCAGAAGAGAGUAAAGGAACUUCAGCAGGUGCUGGAGAAUCUGCAGCUCGGGAGGAGCUCACUGUCCAGGCAGAGCUUGCUCAAGCAGCCAGCCUGUCCCUGCCUCCUGCUCUGCCAGUUCUUUCUCCACCCCCAGCACCCACAAAGACCUCCGCAGGUACAACUGAUGCUGAAGAAGCAACAAGGCUGCUGACUGAGAAGAGGCGCCUUGCCCGUGAGCAGCGGGAACGGGAGGAGCAAGAAAGGAGGGAGAGGGAAGAGUUUGAAAGGCAAAAGAAGGAGGAGCUGUCACAGAGGAUAGCUGAAGAAAGAGCUCGCAGAGAAGAGGAAGAAGCUCGCAGACAGGAAGCAGAAAAAACCCGAAAGGAUGCAGAGGAGCGGGAAAAGGAAGAACGGCUGCGCCGACAGGCAGAAGAGAGGGAACAGAAGGAGAAAGAAGAGAUGGAGCGUAUUCAGAAACAAAAAGAAGAGGAAGUUCGCCUACGGGAAGAGGCAGAGCGGAUUCGAUUAGAACGUGAAAAGCAUUUCCAAAGAGAAGAGCAAGAACGCUUGGAAAGGAAGAAGAGGCUGGAAGAGAUCAUGAAGAGAACUAGGCGUGUAGAAGCUGUAGAUAAGAAACCAAAUGACCAGCAAAAUGGACAUAUAUCGAAGGCAAAUAUUACUGGAGAAGCAGCCAUAAACAGUCCUGCAUCUCCUUUGGAACCUGCAGGAGGACCUCAGCUUCAACAUGCCACACAGUCUCCGCACAACAGCAAAUCUGUCACCUGCACACCUGUGAUUGUUUCACAUCAACCUCCUGUAAACAUGGACAGCAAUCUCAAUCCAGAGAAAAAUGCCAAUGGAAAUGGAAUGUCUAUGCAGAAUGAUAACUUUGAAGAGAUCAUAAACCUGCCUAUUGGUUCUAAACCAUCCCGGCUGGAUGCCAUGAGCAAUGAUGGAAGCAAUAGUCCUGAAAUUCCUUUGAAUCCAAUGCUAGCCUUUGAAGAUAAGGGGACUCUUUUGCCUCAGGUAGAUAGUGUUCAAACACAUCAAACAGCAGAAGUGAUCUGAUUGUUUCUUCUGAAGAACCAAAGGUGAUAUGAGUAUCUCUGCAGCCAGUGGAGUUUCCUCCAUGCUAUGAAGGAGUGGUUGUUUUUUUUUCUCUCCAGUUUUUUAAAAGAUUUCUUGAAUAUCUUUUUUUGGAAGGACUUUAGUAAAACCAGCAGAAAAAAUGAUGGGAAUAGACUCGGAUCACCUCUUUAAUAGCUUUCAUCACUAGAAAAAUCAUGCUUCACGUGCGUUACUUAAUAUGGCUUUUUCCAACAAGCUUUUUCUUUAGUAAAUGGAUAUUUCUGCAUUCCUUAAGACACAAAACACUGGAAUCUGAAAGCAAUGGGCUGAUUUGGGUGGUGGGACUGAUCCUUUUUUUAAAAAGGUGGGUGUUGGUUUAAAAGGCAUAAUUGUAAAAUUGGCAAAGAAUCCUUUACACUUUGUGGUUCUAAUACUUGAAAAAUAAAUACCUCAUUGCUCUACAAGUAGAGUUAAUGGGGUGUUUCAUUUAAACCUGUUGGUUUAAAUAUUAUUGCAGAGAACUCUAAUUAUGGGGGCAAAGUAUAGGCUUCUGUAUCAGGUUCUUGUAAAUGUAAUUCCUACAGGGACAUUCUGUAAAUUGAGACGUCACUAUGAUCUUCUCACAUUUUCUCUAAAACACAAGACAAGGCAGGUUUUAAAAUGUGAAAAUUUGAAAGCAUUAUUUUUUCAUGGACAAGAGGAAAACCUAUUGUUCUCCUAGAUGAUGUAUUUAUGAAUUUUGUUCAGUACAGAAAUAAAUUGUUUAAUUGAAUAAAUUAGAAAAAUGUGGUAAAAUGA